CUUCCUGUUUGGGUGCCGCAGCUGGAGUAAAGAUGGCAGCUGACACAGGGAGGUACAGGAGUGCUGUGAGCAAAAACAAAGACCCCUCCGGUCUCCUCAUCUCUGUCAUAAGGACCCUGUCCAGCAGCGACGAUGUGGAGGACAGGGAGACGGAGAAGGGGCGUCUGGAAGAGGCCUUUGAGACGUGCGACAGGGAUCUCGACGAGCUGAUCGUUCAGCAUUACGCAGAGCUCACCACGGCCAUCAGGACCUACCAGAGCAUCACAGAGCGCAUCACCAGCUCCCGCAACAAGAUCAAACAGGUGAAGGAGAACCUCCUCUCCUGUAAGAUGCUUCUUCACUGCAAAAGGGACGAGCUGAGGAAGCUGUGGAUCGAAGGCAUCGAGCACAAGCACGUCCUCCAGCUGCUGGAUGAAAUUGAAAGCAUCAAGCAGGUGCCUCAGCGGCUGGAGACCUACAUGGCGAGCAAACACUACCUUCAUGCCACAGAUAUGCUGGUGACAGCCGUGGAGUCCUUGGAGGGGCCCUUGCUGCAGGUGGAGGGGCUCGGAGAUCUGCGGUUGGAGCUCCACAGCAAGAAGCUCAACAUCCACCUUGUGCUCAUCGAUGAGCUGCACCGACACCUCUACAUCAAGUCCACAAGUCGCCUGGGACUCAGGAACAAGGACAAGAAUGCUGCUCGCCUCCCAGGGUCUGCUGCCAAAGACACAUCUCCCAUGCCUGUGUUGGAUGUCAGCAGUCUGUCCACCCCCCGCAAGCUUUUGGAUUCCUCGCAGUUCAGCACCCCUGGAUCCAGCAGUGUGCGUGAGGACGGGCGAGAGCCGAACCAAGCCGACCUCCCUGAAGUGGAUCCAGAGGAGAACAGUCCUGAGUUCAUGGGCAUCCUCAUCAAGGCUCUGGCCAAGUUGAAGAAAGUCCCAGAAACCAUCAAAGCCAUAAUGGAGCGUCUGGAACCUGAACUGAAACAGAUCGUCAAGAGGUCCACCACUCAGAUAGCUGACCAUGCUUAUCAGAGAGGCGAAACCCUGGCCCAGGAGUGCCAGCCGAGGCUGCUGCUGGAGCUGCUGGAGCUCCUGUUUGAUAAGUUCAAGGCAGUGGCUCAGGCGCACAGCGUGGUGCUGGCCCACCUGCAGCACAUCGCGGUGCAUUGCCCGGGAGGGGCCCAGAAAGAGGGUAUCAAGCUGUACGAGCAGGCGGACGUCUCUGCCAAGAUCCAGACGGUGCUGCAGGGUCUGCUGAUGGAAUAUCUUGAUGUGAAGAACAGCCGGAGUGCUACAGAGCCAUCGGCUCAGCUCUCCUACGCCAGCACGGGCAGUGAGUUUGCUGCCUUUUUUUCCAAGAAGAAGCCACAGCGUGCCAAGCAGUCUCUUUUCAAGUUUGAAUCGUCUUCCCAUGCCAUCAGCAUGAGUGCCUACUUGAGAGAGCAGAGGCGAGAACUCUACAGCAAGAGUGGAGAAUUACAAGGUGGAGCCGAUGACAACUUGAUCGAAGGGGGAGAGAUGAAGUUCGUGUGUAAGCCAGGAGCGAGGAACAUCACUGUGAUCUUCCAGCCUCUUCUCAGAUUCAUUCAGGAGAUAGAGAUGAACAUGGGGCCAGGCCAGGCCAAGCAGUGCCAGCUCCGAGCUUUCCUCACCUACUACAUCAACGACCUCUUUCUCAACCAGGUGCGGACAGAGAUCAACAAGGACAUCGAGACAGUGAGCAAGACGGCCGACCCCUUGAAGAUCCUUGCCAGCGCCGAUACCAUGAAGGUUCUGGGCGUCCAGAGACCCCUGCUGCAGAGCACAGUGGUGGUUGAGAAGUCCAUCCAGGACCUAAUGAACCUAAUGCAGGACCUGAGUGCCUAUUCCAACCAGUUCCUGGAAAUGGUCUGCGACAAGCUGAAGGAGUACAAGGAAAUCUGCAACACAGCCUACAGGGCCGUCGUCCAGUGUGAGGAGAAGCUGACCAUCAGUGCCUCCUGGUCUAAAGACGAGGACAUCAGUCGUCUGCUCCAGUCCCUCCCCAACUGGGCCAACAUGACCCAACCCAGACAGAACCGACAGAAGAGAGAGGAUGAAGAGGACUUUACCCGAGUUGCUUUCGCGAAGGAGUCGGAGGUGCUGACCGGUAACCUCGGAGACAAGCUAAUCCCCCAGAAUGAGAUCCUUCGUGACGUCAGUGACCUCAAGGCCCUGGCCAACCUUCACGAGAGCAUGGAGUGGCUGGCCGGUCGUCUCAAGACCUUCUUCGCCAACCUGCCUCAUGCUUCCAGUGUGUCUCCCUGCUCUGGAGACAGUCAGGUGGUUGGUGAGAGUGAACGCAGCCGGGAGCAGAUCCUCCAGACCCUGACUGACUUGUCCAGGGCCUUUCAGGACAUUUCCGACCGCUGUCUCCUGGUGUUGCACCUGGAGGUCAGGGUGCACUGUUUCCAUUACCUGAUCCCCCUCACCAAGCAAGGGAAUUAUGCCAUUGUGGCCAAUGUGGAGAGCAUGGACUAUGACCCACUGGUGGUCAAACUGAACAAGGACAUCUCGGCCAUAGAGGAGACCAUGGGGGCUGCCCUGCAGCAGCACAAGUUCCAGUACAUUUUUGAAGGUCUGGGUCAUCUGAUCUCCUGUAUUCUCAUUAACGGGGCCCAGUACUUUAAGAGGAUCAACGAUACUGGCAUCAAGAAGAUGUGCAGGAACAUCUUUGUCCUCCAGCAGAACCUCACCAACAUCACCAUGUCCAGGGAGGCCGACCUCGACUUUGCCAGGCAGUACUAUGAGAUGCUGUACAACGCCGCGGACGAGCUGCUGAACCUGGUGGUGGACCAGGGCGUCCGCUACACGGAGCUGGAGUACAUCAACGCCCUGUCCUUGCUCCACCGCAGCCAGACGGGCGUCGGGGACCUGAGCACUCAAAACACCCGGCUGCAGCGGCUGAAGGAGAUCAUCUGUGAACAGGCGGCCAUCAAACAGGCCACCAAGGACAAGAAGAUCACCACAGUGUAGUGAGGAGAGCAGGUCGGGGCUCAGAGGGGCGAAGCCUGAGAGGGAAGAACUGUACAUUUUUCAUAUAACCUGUGCUUUACAUGGUUUUUUUUCUUUGCUCAACUCCUUCUGAUCUGUUUAUCAGGGCCAUGUGUGGGUCAAGUGCUCAAGAGUGAGAAAUGAUGGAAAGAGGACAUUUAAGAACUAACUUGUUUGUGUGUAGACUGAGAUCGGGAUGUGCGUGAAAUCUGUUGUUCUUCGAGACACGAACUCCAGAGAAUGUCCGCACAAUUGGGUCCAGACUUUCUCCGGAGUUUCAUACAUGAAUAACGCAGCAGUAGAUCCUCCACUCAGAUCUCUGCAGCGUUCAGGGCAAGGGGGGAGGGGGGCGCAGCAACAACCACACCGACUUCGGCCCUCAUCACCAAAAUCUCUCCCGACAUCUUCGUUGGUGUCUUCUACAUGUGUGGCACCGCUUUUUCAUCCUGUGAUAUUCGUUUUCGCCCACUCGCUCUCUGGAUAGUCUGCCGUGUCCUCACAUUGGCGAGACUCCGGAGUAAGUCCGGAGCCUCUGACUCGGACGUUUGCGUCCUCACAUUCAUCCCCUUCAGAGAAUGUCAGGAGAAUAUACAGGGUUCAUGUCUGAAAGCAGCUUUAAGGUGAUGAGACACAUCGUAGUCGGGCGGCUGACACAUAUACUUUUUUCCCAAACUCUGCAGAUUAUAAUAUAUACUAUAUAUGCAGCAGUGUCUCCCUCUAAUUGGGAAGUGAGCUGACAACCAACUACAGACUUUCCAAGUCCAGCUCCUUGUAUAUCUAUAUCAUAAGGUAACCUAUAUCGUCACGACUCCUAACAGUCCCCCCCCCGCUCGCCGCGACAAUGACUGCGGCUCCAGAAUGAAAAGGCGAUUGUCUUGGACACUCACCCCAAACUUAGGCCCGCUAUCUCAUCUCAUUUUCCUAUUAGAUCUAAACUGCUGCUCUCAAUUACACCUCUAUGUCUCCUCUCCUGGCAGCCCCAUGGGCCCACUGAUUCUGUCUGCAAUAACAGAUGCCAGAUUAGGCUGUCUGAAUGAGGCCACAUCUUCCGCCUGCUUGCCAAUUUGGGUCGGUCCCUGAAGAAUUCCCGUAGCGGAGAAUGGUGUCGUAUCUACGGCUGUUAUAAAAAUCUGUCUUUUGUUUUUCGUACAGUUUGUGCAGUUCUGUGGCUGCAGUGUGAAAAGUUCUUCGCCGAUUGAGAGACUCUGUAACUUAAGAUAUUUGUUUUUUGCUAAUUUCAAUUUCAUGCCCAAGAAAUAAUAUUUCAAGUCCAGCACACCGCAGUUUCAUGAUUUACACAUUUCUACAUUAAUCAAUGAGUUUUCAUUUUCAUCCUUUAUACAUUUCUCAUUAUUUAAUUUCGCGUACAUUUUCAUCAGCCGUACUCGCUCUAUAAACCAAAACAAAGCCAUUCUGACUCUUUAUUUUGUCAUCACCACCAGCUGGGCUUUACCCUUUUAAAGUGAACUAAACACAUAAACUCCAGAGACGAUCACACAUCAUUCCCCUCCCAGCGAAAAAAGCCCUCCCUGUUCUUACUUCAUUAACUUGAGAGAGAAGUACUUAACGAGAGCAGGAGAGGGAACUGGGAGUGUUGUCAAUACAGCGCGGGCCCAGCGCUGGUCUCCCUGAAGCCCACGGAGCAAUCCAUCAUAAUGACACAUCGGCCGGGAUCGAUGGGAAAACAACGGUGAAGCUGCGGAGGGGUUCGCCCACACCACUCCGACACACGUACACACUGUGUGAAAUCUAAAAUCUGCUUGCUCGGCUGUUCACUUCACAGCUACUUUUGUAAUGUUAUACAUGAGGAACUUUAAUACAAUGUUAACUAAGUGUGUCGUGUCACCGCUAGCGCACACACAGAAGUCCAGAAGGCUUCUGUAUUGGGGAGACUGACUGUAUAUAAAGAUGGAUGACGCUUCUCCACUUCCUUCCUGUUGUGCAAAACUGAAGUAAAAUAAUGUUCUUCAUACAGCUGGCGCCAUUUUGUGCUUGGGAUGUUGUUAGGAGAGGCAGUUUGAACAGUAAUGAGGAGCAGUGGUAUCGAGGGGCCUGCAGAUUCAUGCACUCGACCAAUCACGAGUCAGUCUCAGCUGUCAAUCAUGAUGUUUUAUAGCAACAAAUCACUAAUUAAAACCAACCUUACCAGAAACAUGAACUAUUCUACUAUCUAAAAUGUAUUUCAUGUGUACUUUGACUUUUUUAUUUUGGGCCAUGUCCCAUCUGCUAACAUGGAUAAUUUGGGGUUUAUGUCCUUGACUGUAGCCAGCCACCAGGGGGCGAUCCAAAUUAUUCGGCUUCACUUUUUAAGGAGCUGUCAUAUCAUCCAUCUGUAUCUACAGUCUAUGAUUAAACUCUACGUACAAUGAGUGAAAACCACUCCUGCUGUCCAAGCUUCUUUUUUUUUAAUUAAUGAGUGAAAUAUGUCAAAUGUAAUAAAGGUUCCAUUUCAUUGUUUUUCUUUUCAGCGCACCUUUAGUUUGCACAUCGGCUCUUUGUGUAAUUCAAAUAAGAAUGUGUUAAAUUCUUGACAUUUAUUUUUUCUGUCAGUCUUGAACAAGUCUAAACAUCUGUCUUGUUCGUCUGUUGUCAUCUUUAAAAAUGCUCUGAAAAGUUUGUCUACUCUAAAUCAAGCACGUGUGAUUUUCCUGUGCAUACACUGAGAAAUAAACCAUCCAAUCCCUGUCA